ACUCCUAGUGUGAUCAGUGGGUGAAAAAGAAGGGAGGGAGAAAGUGAGAGGGAAGAAGCAGACACUCUUUGUCCCCCACUCCAGGCUCUGAGGUAGCCAGGCAGAUAUUCUUGGCGUGGAUGCAGCGCCCAUGACAGGAUUAGGAACCUGGGACACAGGACCAACCGGAGAUCUGCAGGUUCUAGAGGAAGAACCCGAGCCAGACAGCUGUGACCGGCUUCCUGUGUCCCUUCACAUCCACUCUCCAAAAGCCACAUUACCAAGAGCCCUGACCUCGUCUCUUCACCUCUCCCACCAUGCGUCUUCUCACGACUCUCUUUAUCCUGCUGCUCAUCCGGUCAGCAGAACCCAGGAGAGGCCCUCGAUCAAAGGCUGUGGAGCGGGGUCCCUGGGGACAUGUGCGGGGCAAAGGCAGGGCCGGGGUCAUGAGGCGUCAAACUCAGGAGUGUAAGGAGUACGUUGAGCAGGGAGAGAAGUACCUGGACUGCCAGGACAGGCAGCUGACCACUGUGAUGCAGCACUGGCCCAAAGAUAUCGACCACCUGCUGCUUGCAAGAAACAAAAUUCAGGUUUUGCGGGACAACAUGUUUGCCCAGUUCACUCGGCUGAAGAGCUUGGACCUCCAGCAGAACAGCAUCUCCAUGGUGGAGGAUGAUGCAUUCAACGGCCUCUCCCAGCUCACCACCCUGCUCCUCCAGCACAACCGUCUGAAAACAGCUUCAGAGGAGCUCCUCCUCCCUAUGCCGCGCCUCUCCUACCUCCGUAUGUACGACAACCCCUGGAGCUGCCAGUGCCCCUUGGACAGCCUGGUCCGGACCCUGCAGGUGCCCACCAACCGGAACCUGGGCAACUACGCUAGAUGUGUAGGUCCUCCUUCGCUGAAAGGGCAGAAGCUGAAAAAGCUGAAGGCGGAUUUGUGUGCGGAAGAUGGGAAGCCAGAAGUUGAAGUUGAACUGCAACUUAGGCCUCCACCGAAGAAAGGGAAACAGGAAGCCACGUCCAUGUGCCUCACCUACAUGUUUCCCAAACCUCGGCUGGACUGCAGCAGCAAGGAUCUGAAUCACAUCCCCUCUGAACUGCCUUCGGACAUCGUGAAGAUGGAUCUGUCCAAGAACAGCAUCAAACAUCUCAGGCCCAAACAGUUCCUGCUGUCCAAAGAUCUCAAAGCGCUCAACCUCAGCAGCAACAACCUGCAGCAUAUAGACACAGCUGCUUUUGCAGGCCUGCUGUACCUCCGUGAGCUUGAUCUAUCCAACAACAGCCUCCAAUACUUCCAAUACGGCGUACUGGAGGACCUCUACUUCCUACGGAAACUCUCGCUGGAGGACAACCCGUGGAUCUGUGACUACAACGUCCACUACCUGAUCUACUGGCUCAAGCACCAUCCCGGCGUCUCUCACACCGGCUUGAUCUGCUCCGGGCCGCGCGAAUUCAGGGGCUGGCGCGUGGAAGACUACGUCAAGACCUACAACGGGGAGUGUCCCAAGGACAAGCAAACAGAAGGGAUGGACACGGGGCAGGGAGUGGAUGGAGGGUCUGAGAAUGACGCGCAGGAGACAGGUGACGGACAGGACGAACAUCUAUCACAGGGUCUGAAAAAGAAGGAGAAGGGGCCCAACACAAUUGAGAUCAUCAGGCUGAGUUAGAACAGAGGUGGAUUAUCUUACUGGAGUUGUUCCAUUCAGAGGGAAAAUUGACAAAAGAGGUUGAAAGUGAGUAACGAUGUCAACUGUUGAUUAAAAAAAAGGUAGAUUCAGUGGUUUGAUAUUUUAAAAGGGUAAAGUGAACAACAAUUUUUUUGAGUAAAAUUAGUUUUUCGGGCUGAAGACGACAACUUUUAUCCGUGCCCGUGGUAGGAAAUGCUCACGUUCUUUUCUGUUUUUCUUUUUUUUUUAAGUUUCUUUGUUGUAAUGUCAUGUUGCUAAGUUUAUCUUGAUGCAAAGGACAAGGACAUUAGAGAUUUUCUGUUUUUCUGAAACAUUCCUGAUUGAGUUUGUUAUCAGACUUGGUAUCCUCUGGAUUUCCUCUCAGAGAAAUGUCUUUAGAUUUCCCACGCAGUGACCUACAGGUGCACUCUUCUUCUGUUACAGUCAUUAUCAAGCUGAGUUCAGGUUAUUAAUGUUGUUUGUUUUUUUUUUCUUUUACUUAUUUGCACAAAAGUAGCUUUUGGUCUUGUUUAUAUUAAUGUAAGAUAUUGGCUGCCUGUUUUCUGGAAAUAAAACUGGGCUUAUUUUUUCUGAA